AUGAAGCUCCCCCCCGGCCAUGUUGCCGGCCAAGGGGUGGCCAAGCCCAAGUGCACGGGAGGCUUUGGGGAACGCAUGCUUCGCUCCAUGGGCUGGGAUGCGGGCCAGGGACUGGGCAAGGAGGGCACCGGCAUCCGGGAGGCCAUCCAAGUGAAGAAGAAGGAGGACACCGUCGGGGUGGGCGGCAACGGCAGCUACGCCUGGGGCGACAAGUGGUGGGAGAAGGCGUUCGACUCUGCGGCGCAGACCGUGGGCGACAGCGGCAGCAGCGACUCCUCCGACUCCGACUCGGACGAUGAGCACAUGGCGGCCGUCGCUGCCGCGGUGAACCGCGACGGCACGCGCACCAGCGCCCCGGCCGACGAGCUGCGGCUGCUGGCGUCUCUGUCCAGGGGCGGCAGCCGCGUUGCGGCGGGGCGGUUUGGCGGGCGUGACGCCAAGAUGGCUCGCAUCCGGCAGCAGGAGGCGGCCAUGGCGGCGGCGGCAGAGGCCAAGCUGGGGAUGAGCGUGCCCAGCGGGGUCGCCGCCGCCAGCGCCGGACGCGGCACCACGGUUGCCACCACCGGUGGCGACGCGGUGGCAGCGGGGGCAGGAGGGACGGCCCAGGGCGGCAGCCAGCGGUCGGAUACCACCAGCGAGGUGAAGCUGAGCGGCAGCCGCGGUAAGAAGAAGCGCAAGGCGGGGUCGGAGGGGGAGCCGAGCGCAGGCAGCGCCAAGCAGGCGGGCAAGAAGAAGGCCCGCAAGGCGGCGGCGGCGGCGGACGAGGCGGCGGCGGCGCAGCAGGGUGCGCAGCAGGGUGCGCAGCAGCAGCAGCAGCAGCAGCAGCAGCAGCAGCAGCAGCCGAAGAAGCUGCGGAUAGUGAUUGAGCCGGUGGUGGCGCAUGUCGGGCCCGCCUGGAAUUUUGUGCCAACCCCCGCCACAGGGUGGUGGGGCGCGGCGCGCUUUGCGUCGGCGGGCUGCCUGGAGGGCCUGGACAAGGCCGCGGCCGAGGCGCAGCGGCGGCGCGUGACAUUCGAUGAGGACACCCAGGCCCGCAUCUUCACUGCUGCCCACGCCAGCAAGACGCAGGGCAAGGUUGGGCUGGGGCAGGGCACGGGCACGGUCAAGGUCGGCGGCGUGAAGUGGGAGGGCAAGCGGGUGAGCUUCGAGGAGGGCGAGGGCCAGGGCGAGGCGGGCGAGGAGGCGGCGCCAGCCAGCGGCGCUCGCCUGGAGGCCAUUGGCAGCUGCACGCACCUAGAUGCCCUGGCCCACGGCGCGGAAGGCGGCAAGCAGCGGGGCGGCGAGCGGCGGCAGGGCGAGGCGGCGGCGGUGGCGGCGGGCGAGUGGGAGGGCGCCGUCAAGUGGCGCAAGCUGAUCACCGCGCAGCUGCAGGCGGUGGAGCGGCAGCAGCUGAGUUUCAAGGAGCUGCAGCGGCGGGUAUUGGCGGCGGUGAUGGCCAAGCAUGGCAGCCUGGUCAGCAGCAAGGCCGCCGUCAAAGCCGCCUUUAGAAGCCGGCUGGAGGGCAGCAGCAAGUUUGUGGUGGAGGGCAAGCUGGUGUGCCUGCGCAGCUGAAUGCUGCCACCCAUCCAGGUUGGCUGGAAUGUGCCUUGCAGUCUUCCUGGCUGGCAAGUGGCCCAGCCUGGCCUCGUCAUUUUCUUUUACUUUCAUUGCUCCCUGUACUGGCAUGCUUCCCUCAAUACAAAUCACCAUUAACUGCCGUUGUUG